GAAGAAGACGAAGAACAACAGUAGCAAAGAGUGAGUGGGUCUGUAAUAGAAUAACAAUGUGAUUUCUCUUUCCGUUUUUUUGUUUGGGUCUUGGCCUAAAGAUCUUUGGUUUUUCCCUCUGACCAGUUUGUCUCCAGUUCUCACCGUUUGAGACUUUUAGGAUUCGUAUCCUCCGGUUUUCUCCCAAGUUUUACUUUUCCCAUCACAUUGUUGUUUAUUCUUCGUUGCAGAGUGAGAGACAAGGCUUCUGGAACCACCAUUGCCUUGAGGAAGAAGUCAAUUCACAAGGAGAAACAAAGCUCAAAUUAAUGGUAGCAGUUGGUGAAGAGGAGCAGAAGAAGAUGGAGAAGACAGAGAUGCCUGUAGCCAGAGAAGAGAAGAUACUGGUUCUGGUGAGAUUGAGGCCCCUUAACGAGAAAGAGAUUGCGGCUAACGAAGCUGCGGACUGGGAAUGCAUCAAUGAUACCACCGUUUUGUACAGAAACACGUUGCGCGAAGGCUCAAACUUUCCUUCUACAUAUUCAUUUGAUAGAGUUUACGGAGGUGAAUGUCCCACCAGACAAGUUUACGAGGAUGGAACCAAGGAAAUCGCCCUCUCGGUUGUCAAAGGAAUCAAUUGUAGUGUUUUCGCAUACGGCCAGACGAGUAGCGGAAAGACAUACACCAUGACUGCUAUUACUCAGUUCGCUGUGGCCGACAUUUUUGACUAUAUAUUUCAGCAUGAAGAGAGAGCAUUUUCCGUUAAGUUUUCGGCAAUAGAGAUCUACAACGAGGCCAUAAGAGAUUUGCUUAGCUCGGAUGGUACAUCUCUGAGGCUACGAGACGAUCCUGAGAAAGGGACCGUUGUUGAAAAAGCCACAGAGGAAACUCUGCGAGACUGGAACCAUCUCAAGGAGCUUCUCUCUGUUUGUGAAGUAACAUGUUGUCCGGAAAGUAAACUUUCACGUUACUACAAUCUCUGCAGCACAGCAUACAAAGAUUCUCUCAUACUUAGCUUGGCCCUUGACUGUAUCGUUGAUUUUCAGACAGUUGAAAGCUCUGCUCGUGAGUUCGUAGACAAAGAAAACUCAACCACUCUCGUGGCGACUGUGAGUUUCAUCGAUCUGGCGGGAAGCGAGCGUGCAUCACAAGCGAUGUCAGCUGGUGCAAGGCUCAAGGAAGGCUGCCAUAUCAAUCGAAGUUUGCUCACUCUUGGAACUGUCAUCCGUAAACUUAGUAAGGGAAGACAAGGCCACAUCAACUUUAGAGACUCCAAGCUCACACGGAUUCUGCAGCCAUGCUUGGGGGGUAAUUCAAGAACCGCCAUAAUCUGCACUCUCAGCCCAGCGAGGAGUCAUGUAGAGUUAACGAGGAACACUCUCUUGUUUGCUCGCUGUGCAAAGGAAGUUACCACAAAGGCGCGGAUCAAUGUUGUUAUGUCAGACAAGGCUCUGCUGAAGCAACUACAGCGUGAACUUGCGAGGCUCGAGACCGAGCUCAGAAACCCUGCCUCCCCUGCCUCAAACUGUGAUUGUGCCAUGACGGUGAGGAAGAAAGAUCUUCUGAUACAAAAGAUGGAAAAGCAGAUCGCAGAGUUGAGAAAACAGAGAGAUCUUGCUCAAUCCCGUCUUGAAGAUUUCAUGAGAAUGGUUGAACACGAUGAGGCGUCAAAGUCUGGAACUCCGCAUUUCGGCAACCACACAGACAAGUGGGAGGAUGAUUCAGACACGAGGAGUUUCAUAUCAGAUCGACUGUCGACACCGCCGCUUUCAAGAGCAAGAGCUUAUGUUCGGUCUCCCUCUGACGAAGAUGAUCUCGAUGAAGAGCUACCUAGGCGUUCAGAAGAUCCAUCAGAAGAAUAUUGCAGAGAAGUUCAAUGCAUUGAGAUUGAGGAAUCGGCCACAGUCUACUAUAACAACCACAAAGACGAGAGAGCAGAACCUAAUGACGUCUUAGGCCGUAGUGCGGAUGCUAAUGGUGAAACGAGUGUAGGCCAGAACGUGAGGAUGAGAAGCUGGAACCAGAGAGAGACCGUGCCAGGCACGAGCACUCCACCUGAAAGCCUAGGGACAGACUUCCUCGGAAGACACAAGAUUGUGUUUCCUGAUUUAGAGUUUGGUUCUAGUGUGUCGAGGAAUGAUUCUAUGUCUUCUUUCGGGAGCGACUCCACUGGGGCUCAGGGCAUCAGAACGCCGUUGGGAGAAGAGGGAGGUAUCACUAGCAUCCGGACUUUUGUGGAAGGGUUUAAGGACAUGGCUAAGCGUCAAGGCGAGGUCUCGAAUGCUGAGGGUUCUGGUAAAAUGGGGAGGCACAUUGGUGUGGACUCCAUGGACAUGGAAUUUGAGAGGCAGCGCCAAGAGAUUCUGGAGCUAUGGCAAACCUGUAAUGUCUCUUUGGUGCAUAGAACAUACUUCUACUUGCUCUUCAAAGGAGAUCAGGCGGAUUCAAUCUACAUUGGAGUAGAGCUAAGAAGACUUAUGUUUAUGAAAGAUCGCUUCUCUCAGGGAAACCAAGCCUUGGAAGGAGGAGAAACCUUUACACUGGCUUCGAGCCGGAAGGCGCUUCACAGGGAGAGAAAGAUGCUGAGCAAGCUUGUGGGAAAAAGGUUUUCAGGAGAAGAGAGGACAAGAAUCUACCACAAGUUUGGGAUUGCGGUUAACUCCAAACGCAGGCGGUUACAACUUGUGAACGAGCUCUGGAGCAAUCCCAAGGACAUGACUCAGGUUGUGGAAAGCGCAGAUGUUGUAGCGAAGCUUGUGAGGUUCGCUGAGCAAGGCAGAGCCAUGAAGGAGAUGUUUGGUCUGACCUUCACGCCUCCUUCGUUCUUGACAGCUCAGAGAUCGCAUAGCUGGAGAAAAAGCAUGCCUACACUUUUCUAACCAUAUGCUUCCCGCAUUGACAUUAUACUUUUGGUUUCUUGUAGCGGAAGCGAUGUUUUGUAUAUACAUCUUGGUGUCUUUUCUUUUUCCUUUGUUUGUAUUUUCAUUUUGUAGCAUACAAUUGAUAUAUUUCCAGUCAAUUCCUUUUUUUCUUUGUAUCCGUAAAAAUUGCGUUAAAUACUACAGUCAAAUUUACAUAUAAAUGUA